AUGUCAAGUUUUGAGCAGUUUCACAUCGACUUUUACCAGUCUAAUUAUACCAUAGAGGACCAGGAGGAAGGCAGCAACAGCUAUGGCUCAGACAAAAACCUCUGUGAAAGCAGAAAGAGGCAGGCAGAAGAGCAGCCUGCAGGCGGGGGCUUUGUGCCGUCAGACAUGCUGCUGUCCCCGCAGAGCUACUCGGGCAGCAUUCUGCAGCCAGCCUACAGUCCCGACGCUCCUUCUCAGCUUGGUUAUGUUGAUGGAUUUGACGAGGAACCUCCUUUGCUAGAAGAACUUGGGAUCAAUUUUGAGCAUAUAUGGCAGAAAACAUUAACAGUUCUAAACCCAAUGAAGCCUGCAGAUGGCAGCAUUAUGAAUGAGACAGACCUCACUGGACCUAUGGUUUUCUGUUUGGCCCUUGGAGCAACAUUGCUGAUGGCAGGGAAAGUUCAUUUUGGCUACGUGUACGGGAUGAGUGCCAUCGGGUGCCUUGCCAUGCAUGCCCUGCUGAACCUGAUGAGCGUCUCAGGAGUCUCUCAUGGCUGUGUUGCAAGUGUGCUGGGCUACUGCCUGCUGCCCAUGGUCAUCCUGUCCUCUGCUGCAGUUCUCUUCUCACUGCAGGGGACCCCAGGAACUGUGUUAGCUCUGUUUAUUAUUGGAUGGUGCAGUUUGUCAGCGUCCAAAAUUUUUACGUCUGCAUUGGCUAUGGAAGGACAGCAGCUCCUGAUUGCAUACCCAUGUGCUUUACUUUAUGGACUUUUUGCACUUCUAACAGUUUUCUGA